CGAAAAGUUUUUGCGACCAAAACAAGCGAAAAUGUGAUGCGUCCACGAAUGUUUGGCAAAAACUGCCUCUAAUUUAACAACUUUUGCACUUUUCCAUUGUUUUGCACAAAUAUUUUUCAUUUGAUUUGCUGAACAAACAUCGAUUGAGGUAGUAGAAUAUCAAGGAAGCUCGCGGGACGGCGUUGGCUUCAUCAAUUCUGUGACCUAGUUUCUCACUCCACGUUCCAGCAAAAUAUUGCAGGAUAUAAAUGUAAUAUACAUUGGUCAAAAUAUGUCGGGCAUAUUUCUGCAAUCGACGGAAGGUGGGGAAGUCAUUGAAGUACCUUUGGGAAAAACUGUCAUCGGUAGAGGCCCAUUCCUUCAGAUUACUGACAAGAGAGUUUCCCGGAGUCAUGCUGAGCUACAGGUUGCUGACAAGACUUUAUACAUAACUCCAACUCACACCAACCCCUGCUUCCUGCGACGAGGAGGGGGAGAACAUCACGUAGCCUUGCCUAAAGAUGACAAGUGUAAGCUGGCCACUGGUGAUGUCUUUGGACUGCUUCCUGAACAACUGUUUUUCACUGUAUGUGGGAAACAAGGGGCCAUUAAUGGUACAAGUGUCAAAGAAGAACCAAAGAGUCAGUCAGUCAAAUCGGAACCAAAGUCAUUGGACAGAACAGUGAAAGAUGAAGAUCCAGACGACUUCCUGGAUGAUGUUGGCAGAGAUCUUGAAGACACCCCAAGGAAACAGACUAAGAUGGCCGCCGUGGGUCCAGUGCCAGAGAAGAAGAAGAAGCCCACUGCAAAAAUACCAGCUGUUGCCAAGAGGGGAGCUGAGAGGCCCACAUCCACCUCCCCACGUAAACGAGCUCCCCCAAAACGAACGUAUGACGAUGACUAUGAUGAAGAGGAGGAAGAGGAACCUGUUCAGAGGAAGCAGAAGAGAAAGAGGAAGACAUAUUCAUCAGAGGAAGAAGAGGAGGAAGAAAGGAAACCACGACGACGUGCACGACCGACACGGAGGGCUGCUGCAUAUGAUGAUGACGACGAUGAUGAUUUUUCACCUCGAAAACGACCCCAGCGGGCAGCACGAGAAUCAAGAGGCAGCUAUGUUGAUGACUUCAUCCCGGAUGAUGACAGCGAUGCUUCGCUACCAGAUCAUCUGAAGCGGGUGAAGGAUGACGACAGUGACUUUGAGAUCGAUGACGGUGGUGGCGGCGAUUCCGGCAGUGACUGGGAAAACAAGGGCAAGGGAAAGAGAGGAAAGUCAAAAGGCAAAGCUCUUGCCCCGCCGAGAAGGGGGCCAGGCAGACGUGGUCGACCCCGCAAGGUCAAGGAUGAUGAUGAUGACGAUGAUGAAGAGGAAGAUGAUGAUGAGGCGUAUGUUCGGCCCUCCAAACGGAGGGGUGGCACAGCAAAGAGGAAGAAGGUGGAGAGUGAGGAGGAAGAGGAGGAGGAGGAGGAAGUAAAAACUCCUGCCAAGAAGAGGGCAGCGGUCACAAAGAAGAGGCCCAGAUGUCCAUAUGGGAAGAAGUGCUACAGAAAAAAUCCUGCCCACUUUAAAGAUGUUUGUCACCCUGAAGACUCCUCUUACGACGAAGCAUCUGAUGAAGAGGAAGACGAGGAGGAAGUCGACAAUGACCGUGACAAUGAUAAACCAGAUUGUGAAUUUGGCACCGAUUGCUACAGGAAAAAUGCCGAGCAUGUAAAGAAAUAUUCUCAUAAAAAGAAACCAGAUGAUCGCCCCAAGAGAAAACAAGCAAAAAAGGAUGGUAAAACAAGUGUUCUUGAUAAGGACAAUGACGAUGACGGAGAACCGAACACAUACGACUACAAUGACAGUUUUAUCGAUGAUAUUGGGCAGUCUUAUGCGAGCGAGUCUUCGUACGGAGAUCACGAGGAGGAAGACUCGGACUAUGACCCAGAGGAAGAGGAUGUGAGAUCACUGAUGAAGGAAGCCAAAGGUUUUGUUAAGAAGAAGAAAAUGCAGCAACCCGUUGGGAAGAAAAUAAAAAUAAAAGCUGAUUGAAUGUUAUUCAUGACUGUAUACAAUGUUGUGUAACUUGGGCUUUCUUUUUUAUCCCGGCAGUGUAGAAGCUCUGGUAUUGUUGAAAUCAUUCUUAUUUUGGUCCUUGUUUUACAGGUGAAAUCUCUGCAAGUCUGUUCAGAUGUCUUGGUUUGCAUGUCCACAUGCACAAUUUAGUCAGUACUGAGACAUAAUGAUGAAUUCCGAAGCAAAAAAAAUUCAUGUUUUAUUUCUUAUGAAUCGAAUCAUUCUACUUGACCUUUGUUUUCUUUUGAGAGUUGGUGUGUCAUUGACAAAACUAAUCGUGGAUGAUAGUUGAGUUGAAAUUUAUUUUUAAAAUGUUUAAAAUCAAUAAAAUUUUAAAAUAAAAUCAGAUCAUAGUGUUUGCUAACACUACACAUAGAUCUGAGGAUAUCCCAUUGCUAGUGACAUAUAUUAAAGAAUGAGUUGUCGUACCAGCAAUCAGAGGUUCACUUACCAGAUCGCAAAAGUCUGAAUGUGUUCUCUCUUCCUGUAACCGGGGCAGUGAGGAAGCUAGUGGUUAAAGCGCUGGCUUGUCACCAAGACCCGGUUC